GCAAUGGGAUCGGGUGGUCAGGUUCGCUGACUUGGUUGAUGCAUGUCAUCGUAUUCCAAAAGUGUGGAUCGAUACUCACGAUGUCACUCACUUGAUUGUCUGGUAUUGAUAAGAUGACAUUUCUAUUUUCAACUGGGUUUUUUUCAAAACCAUUUGCUUUGUACCAUAGCCACUACAAUCUUUUAAAGCUGUUUUACUUACUUCCAAAUGGUUAACUCACUUCAUUUACCCUCUUAUAUGAAAUACAUGGUUAUAUAUGUUUGUAUGCUUUUUCAAAGAAUUUCUAAAUAAUAUCCCAUUAAGUUGUUGUUACCAUUACUUGUUUGAGCAAACCAACAUGAGCAAACCAAUCUUCUCACUGCAUAUAAUUCAGAGGUGCUUACAAAUCAUUACUGUGUGGUGUUCGAAAAGGGGUCUAAACUUCCCCAGUCAUAAUCUGUUGAAAUGAUUAUAACCAGACAUAAAUAUUCCUCAAAUACAGAGCUAACUGCAUGUGACCACAAAAUAGAAAUUGUACGCGCGUUUAAAGUUUGUUGGUGUUUAUUUCGGCCAGAGACUAACAAGAGGUUCUCACAUAUCUCAUGUGGUGAAGAGACUAACAAGAGGUUCUCACAUAUCUCAUGUGGUGAACAAAUGCAGUAAGGUUAUACGAAGGCUGGUCAAAAAGUUCUAAGCCUGACUAACUUUCAACUAUGGGCCAUAAGAAAGUGAAGUACUCAACGUAGAACAUUGUUUGAGUUCUUCAUUGCAAGUGUAUUUGGUCUGUUGAGGCCUCGUGUACAUAAGUGACAGCCAGUUGAAUGUGAUAGGGGUCCAAAUGUUUAAGGCUGGGGGAACAAACCUUGAUAAUGACCCUAGGUCUGGACGUCCCUCAACUUCCAUCAAUGAAGAUUCAAUCAAGGAGGUAGAAAAGUCUUCACGAUCGGUGAAGAAAGUUAUGGCCACUGUAUUCUGGGGUGAAAAGUGUGUGAUCCUUGUUUAUUACUUAGAAAGUCAGAAGAGGAUCACCGGUGCCUACUAUGCUGAUUUGCUUCAUCGUUUGAGUACAUUUAGGAGCCAAGAACCAACGAGAUCCAUGAACAAGCGUAUCGCACAUGGCAUCGAGCAUGGUAUGUCAACUUGACUUUCUAGUCGGCGGUAAAUUAAUAAUUUCCUCAUUUUCAAACUAUGGCAAAACUUAUACUUGUAAUUGUUUUCAUGAAGUAUGAAAAAACACGGAUAUUAAGAAAAGAGUAAAACAUAUGCUUUUACUAAUUUAAAUGUAUUAUUUUACAGGAUUGAUCAAGGCUCUUCAUGAAGUGGACCUCGGUUCACAAGAACAACAUCAUCAAAAGGAGAGACUUCUCUUUCGAUGAAUUUGAUGUAUAUGAUGUCUCAAUUGUCAAACUUGCUUUUAGCCCUGUCAUUGGAAUAAAAGUGGGUAAAUUCACAGACAGCUUCCACUACUUGUGAACUUGGUGGGUACAGUACCUGCUCCUUUUUAAUACUUGGUGUGUACUACUGAAGCUCCAAACCAUCAUUUUAAGAAGAUGGUUAUUUUGGUCACUGCUACUUUGUAUAUUGCAUUCUAUAUGUAUUCUGCAUACUCGUACUUGAAUGUAUAUACAAAAUAUAUAUCUAAAUUCCCAAGUCUUCAUCAAUCAUUGCCAUAAAAACAUUUUAUUCGUUUAUCUCUAAGUACAUUGUAUGACCAUUAUAGAUAUUGGACAGCAAGAAUCUGAAAAGAAAGUCAAAAUAGAACAUUUACUCUUAGCAGAGGACUGCAGGUAUAAUGAUCUUAAUUUCCUCAGUAAAAAUAGCUGAUUUCUAACCAGUCAAGGGAGAUUUUAUCAUAGUGCAAUCACCUUACACUUUCUAAUUUAUCAGGUUACUUUUUUAAAAUUAAUCUUAUAAAUGGAAAAUCCAAUUUUAGAUCAAGAAAUAUGUUGAACCUGCUGCGUUUUGAAGUAUUUCUAGAAUUCCUAGAACUAAAGUGUUGUGUUUCUUCUUUUGGGCUUGAUGGUUAUUUACUUUGCAAACUGGUUGUUGCUUGUCAAGGUGGAAUAUUUAAAUGUAAAAUAUAUUCAUUUCAGUAUCAUGAUUUCCAAUGAAACAUAAUCAUGACUGAUUACUUUGGAGAUGAUUGUAUCAAGAAAUGAAUGUUAAGAAAGUAAUCAUAUUUGACAAUUUUAUUUGUAUCAUGACAACGUUCGCAUUGACACACAUGCAAAUAGUUUCAAUAUUUAUAAAUAGUUUCAAAGGGAAUGUUGUGGAAAAAGCACUCAUAGCCGCUGAAUGGCCUGGAACAGUUCUUUUUCUCCUUGAAUACCUUAAUGUCUUAGAAGCUGUUGUUCCUGCAAAUCUUUUGGCUAAAGCACAUACAUUUUUGUGAUAUUAUUAUGAUUUCCUUUCUACUAACUGGUUACUAGACCUACAAAGAAAUAGGGGAAAAUAUUAUUUUUAAAGAAACAUGGUCUGCAGUCCCUAUCACAACAAGUACUAUCAAGUUGAAAGUGGGACACUGCCCUGUCAAGCAGAUCACACUCUUGUCCUUUAUUUGACCAGUUUUGCAACCCACAUGUAGAUUUCAAUUAAGGAAAUUUAAGUCUUCAGAAAUGUUCAAGUCUAGAUUGUCUUACGUGAUCAUCGAGUUGUUUACAGUAUCACAAGCCGGGGGCAAUUUCCGACAUCAUUUGUGGUUACCAUACUCAACAAUGAUAACUAUUGUUUUAUAUCUGUUUUCUGAGAAGGAUAGCAAGUCGUAUGCAAUAGCUACAAAGGUAUUUCUUGGAAUGGCAAGUCAAGUGGUUCCUUCACUUCCUUUGGGGUGUGGUGUGUGAGGGAGAAGCGGUGGUGGUGGCGGCGGCAAGACGGAUAUAACACAUUCCUCUCAUAACGUUAAUAUUUUCCCACAUUUGUGAAUAUGUAUGUAGAGUGAAUAUAACAAUAAAAAAGACUUUUGAGGGAGUAUAAUGUUAGCUUAUUAAUGACAGGCCCAACUAGUACUGAUUUUGCUUUUCAUUGUCUGUUAAAUGCAAGUUUUAUUCAAAUAUAAUACUCUAAGCCACGUGAAUAUUCUCAUAUUAAGUGUCCAUAUAAAGUACCCUUAAACCACCCUAUUUGUGUUAUAUAUGACUUAUUAUUUGAAACAUAAAAUAAACCCUUUGAAUUAAUUACUACCUUAUGUGGCACGUUGUGGUGUUAUGUAUACAUACCAUAUAUGUGAAGUCGUUGGGAAAUAACUACUUCACCGUUGACAAAACCUGAUGGUUAGCACAAUUACAAUUAAAUAUCUUGCUUCCAAUUAAACGACCUAAUGUAUGUUGUGACGAUAAACGGCAAAUUUUCUCCUGUUUUUGCCCACAGCUUUGUCUAAUGUCAUUGGCCUAUAUAUGACUACUUUUAUGUGGCAAUGCGGAUCUGUCCAAGAAUGCAUCAAUCACAGAUUUGUUUUCAUGGAAAUAACUCAUUUGAUUGAGUUCUUUCCAUCCACAUUUUUUUUAUGUAAAUGUGGAUGUAAACGAAUUAUGUAAUUUUAAAUAUUUUCAGGAGCGUGCAUUUUAAGUUGUUAUAACUUUUACCCAAUCCUUUUCACUUUCUGUGAAUAAAAUAUGUUUAAAUCACAAAGAAAUCUCAUAUUUUUCAGAUUUUUGUCCGAAAUAUGGCUGUUAUUAGAUGUGGCCGACGGCAGUUCGAUUUGAACCUCAUAACAGUUGAACCAGUUUUGUUUUUUUACACGUUGGGAUUUUUUCUGAGAAACCCAACCUUCCAGGCCUUUGCGUACAACAAGAUCUGCAUUGACAGCUACAACGAGACUUUCUGUACCAGUUUGCAGAACAAGACAUUCCAAGAGGACUACAAAACAGAAGAGGAUUAUGUCCAGUCUCAAACGUCCUACUGGAUUUUGAAGAAAAAUGUCGUGGAACUUCUUCCAUCAUGUUUGAUUGUCCUGUUUAUCCUCGGAUCCUUGGGUGACAAAGUGGGUCGGAAACUACCAGUGAUUUUACCCAGUUUGGGAGCAACAUUGUCUUCCAUUGUCUACUUGAUUCUGUCAAUUUACCCUUCGAGUAAAAUGGAGUACUUCUUUAUUGCUGCUGCAGUAAAUGGCUUUUCGGGGGUUACACGACCCUGCUUAUGUCUGUGUACAGCUACGUGACGCACAUUGCUGACCCCACCAAUAGAACUGUGCGGGUAGGGAUCCUGGAAUCGAUUAUCUUCUUUGCUGGAACAGUUGGCGUCUUCGUAUCGGGAGUCAUGCUCGACAAUACAAGCUUCGUAUUCGUCUUCGCGUUCAUCAGUGGAAGCUCCUUCUUGGGAAUGUUAUAUGCCAUCAUACGUCUAGAGAACAUCAGUUCCAACACAAGACCCGAGGGUGAAAGUAUGUGCGCCUACUGGUGUCUGUCCUCCUUUAAGGAGUCUGGUCGUUGUGUAAUGAAGAAACGGCAAGAGAAGAGAAAACUCCAUAUCUUCUUACUUCUCAUCAUCUUUAUCUUGUAUGUUAUCGCAACAGUGUGUGAAGUUGACGUCCUUCUCCUGUACACAAGGCGAGCACCUCUCAGCUGGUCACAGACAAUGUUUGGUUACUAUAAGGGUCUGGAGUACUUCACUCGCAGUCUUACCCUCGUCACAGUUAUGCCUCUGUGCAGGAAGAUGAGAGACACCACUUUAGGACUAUGGGGCUUGGCGUCCAAGAUCAUCGGCCUGGUGGUCAUGGGAUUCAGUACACAGACAUGGUUGUUGUUUCUAGUUGUGAUAUUUGCCAUGUUUCAAGGCUUUCCAGCAGCUGUUGCUCGGUCACUCAUGUCCAGUAUGGUCAGCCAGGCUGAACAAGGACGCCUGUUUGGAGUGGUUGCUGCCGUGGAUAGCACUGGAGCCUUGUUGUCAUCACUCAUCUUCAAUGGACUUUACCCAGCAUCCCUUGCUUUCUUCCCAGGGUUCAGCUUCAUUUUGGCUGCUGGUCUGUGUGUCAUCGCCGCAGCCAUCAUGCUGUGGCUACAUGUGGAUCUGAGAGAAAAGGCAUUGGAUGAUACAACAACUGCAAAACCCAGGAGAGGAGACACAGAUAACGUUAGCACAGGGGACAGUAAGGCGGAGACUGUGAUGACUCACAUGUAAACAAAAUCCUGAUUAUGCCACAAGCAGCUCAAGGGAUGUCAGAUCUUUACCUUAAUAAUUCAAAUAGUUCAAAUUAAGCGACGCACACCGGCCAUAAUGACACCACGCUCUGUGGAUCAUUGUUCGUGUGCUGUUACGUCACAGUAUUUGGUGACGUCACUGGCCAUCAUUGUUGACGUUAUGUUGUCACUGUUGACCUACGAGACAGUUUUCAAAAAAUGGAGAAAAAUGUCUUCAUUACUUACUUCAUUGUCUUCAUUAUUUCAAGAGCUUAGAUGGUAAAAGGAUUAUCACAUUAAUGAUUGUCUCCUGCAGACU